AUGGCAAAGGUCAAAUGGCGCUUUCACUGUAUCAACUUGGGCGACCAGCCGAGUGACUUCUGCAGCGGCCCAGAAAACCACUGGGAGGUAGAGUGGAACUCUCGAACUUCAGCUUCUGCCUCAAACUGGCGUACAGGCCACCUGGAUGUCCGCGUAUCACUUCGAGAUGGCGGCACUUUUCAGGUGCAAGAGAUGCCAAGCACACAGAGCCUUGGCUGUCCACAGCUGCUUUGCCUUGGGCAUCGGGUGCACCUGUGCCUGGAACAUAGAGAUCAACCUUUAAAGGCCUUUCGGCGCCCCUGCGCCCCUGAGAUGCGUUGGCCCGUUCACGUCACAAGUUGGUUGAGCGCCGCAGAAUAUGCAGCUGCCUGGCGCCACCUGAGUUUCAUGGAGGCUGCCAGCACAGCGGUGUCCGAGAGUGAUGGGCGAAUCUUGGAUGGUGUGUCCAUCCGUUUUUUCGAGUCCAAUUGUGGCACCUUUGAGAUUCCUUUGGAUUUGAGUGAGGCACAUCAGCUGCGGAUCCGAGCAGAUGACCUUCUGUGUCUCCGUUGGCCGCUGGAAGCAAGCGACCGACGACAACAGUUGAUUGAGGAUGCUUUCCGAGCCAUGGGGGGGGAGUUGGAACGACUUGGAUGCCUGGAACUGCGGAAGUUGGCCAAGUUUACAGGCUUUGAUGGAAGUGAUGAUGAGUGGAGUCUGGAGUUCCAGUCCCUUUGUCGGGACUUUGGGACAGAGGAUGGGCUCGACUUGGAAGCGUUUUCCAAGCUGGUGGAUGAGCAGUCUGAACAGGGCUGCUACUGCUCAGAUGCAGAAUUGCAAGAGCUUCGUCAGCUCUACGGAGUGCGUUCAGGUCUAGUGGACGAGACCUGGGUGGCACACGCCCUGGUGGAGUCGGCCGAGAAGUUCGGGGACACCUGGCAGGUGAGAUUCCAGAUUUGCGAGGUUCCAGGCUUGAAGUUUCGUCUUCCAGACCGCUUGUGCUCCAGCGAGCCAGUACCAGGCUUCAUUGUGGAGCUGCUGUGGUUGCCGGAAACGUACCACUACCAGGCAGCGGCACUGGCUGACAUUGAGCAGAGUGCAUCAUUGGUGCAGGACCUGGUAUUGUUUGGAGGAGUUCGGCAGUCCAAUGAAGCCAUGGAAAACCUCCGGGAGCCGUGCCAGUACCAGCUGAAUGACUCGCAGUCAGAGGCAGUUCGCUCGGCCUUGACCUCGCCAGUGACUUUGAUCCAUGGUCCACCUGGCACGGGGAAGACGAGGACAGCAGCAGUGGUGGCCUUGACCUUCGCCAGUCAAAACGCUCAAAGCUCUGCCCGAGGCUGCGUGCUCUAUGCGGCCAACAGCAACCGUGCUGUCGACGUAGCGGCAGAGGCCAUCACUGAACUGAGUACCGAACGCUUGGAGGACCUCUUCGAACAUCAAGACCAGGAUGAGAAAUGUGCCAUUUGUUGGCAAGAAGGUUGCAAUGCGAUUACGUUCUGUGGGCAUGUCUUCCAUCGCCAUUGCUUGACCCAAGCAUUGCGUGCAUCAGUUGGAGGUCGAAGUUGCCCCAUUUGCCGUGCCGCCUUGAAGAGCAUUGAAGGAAUUCGGCUGUUGAGGGUGUACAGCAGCGACACCGAGAACCUGGAGUUCCCCAUUCCACGGCCCUACCGCUACGACGGAGUGCGCGAGCGGCGAAGGUUCUCAGUACCCGAGGAGAUGCGACGAUUCGCAUUGCACUGGAGAAUCCACAACAAGGUGGCAAGCCACUUCAAUCCUCGCGCUGCAGCCUGCGAGGCAGCUUAUGAGAAGCUUCUGUCCUGCAGUCCUCAGAGCAAUGACUUCGAUGCUGCCAGGACCAGCUACUUGGAAGUGCGUCGCGAAGCUCGUGCCUUCGAACUCCAAAGUUGCAACAUCCUCUUGGCCACCAAUUGCUCAUGCCGUCGUGGCUGGAUUCCGCAGAUGCUGCAGAAGGAGAAUAUCGAGCUGCGACAAGUCAUUGUGGAUGAGUGUGGAACAUCACCAGAACCUGAGAGCCUUUGUCCCUUGACGUUGAGCCGGACAGUGCAACGUGUCGUCCUGGUGGGAGACCAUCGUCAGCUGCGGCCUGUGGUAAAGAACCGGGAUGCUGGCAACCUUGGUUUAGCUUGCUCACUCUUCGAGCGGCUCUCUACAAAAGCAACAUUUGAGGCCGGCAGUGCUGCCAUCCCAGAGGCGGCAAAGAAUUCCGAGAUCCUGAAGCCAAUGCAGCCCCAGGACUCUUCAGACCGUGGCCUCUUGGCAUACCAGGCUUUCCAGAGCCUGUGUGGGGGGAAGGAAUGCCUGGGCUCAGAGGAAAUGCUGAUCUUUGCCAAGCUCACAGGUUUUGAAGGAUCUGCAGCAGAUUGGCAGGAAGAGUUCCAGUCUCUCUGUCAGGAGUUAGGAGCUCAAGGCAUUGACCUGGCAACCUUCAGUCGAUUAGUCGAUGACGCAUCGGAACAAGGUUGCUUUUGCACUGACGAAGAGCUUCGAAACAUCAUCAGGUCUGGAACCACGACCUCGUCACAGCCAGAAUGUGUCAUGCAGGCUCCAAAGUCCGUUCUCCUCCGACAACAGUACCGGAUGCAUCCUAGCAUGAACAGCUUCCCAUCGAAGCAGUUCUACGAUGGAAAGGUCUUCAGUGACAAGUCGACCAAAGAUCGACCCGCUGGGUUGUUGGCCCAUGGAUCCGGUGCACGUUGCCCUGUUCUCUUUUGGAGCUCUCCGUCCACAUUUCAGGAAGAGGUGCAUGAAGUGGCCACAAGAGAUGCAUCCACACGCUCCAAGGCCAACGUCAAGGAAGCCCAUCGGUGUGCAAGGCUAGCCGCGGAGAUUGCGCAAUGUGCUGGGGCCAAAAGUGUGGCAGUCCUCAGCUGGUACAAUGCGCAGGUGGUUGAACUGAAGUCAUGUUUGCGGAAGCAGAACACCAGUGGAAUCCACGUGGGCUCGGUGGUCACAGCACAGGGCAGCGAGUGGGACUAUGUGCUACUUUCCACUGUCCUCAGCAGCAAAGCGAGUUUGCAGGAGGCAAAGCUAGGAUGCCUCGCAGACAAGCACUUGCUGAACGUUGCAGUGAGCAGAGCACGAGUAGGUUUGGUGGUGCUGGGUUGCCCAGAUGUGCUUCAGGGCAACCGCCACUGGGCUGCUUUCUUGGAGCAUUGCAAAGAUCUGGGUGGCAUGGUGCAGGAUGGAGAUGAGCCUUCCCUGUCUGCUGAAGGUCCGCUGUCAGACAGCGCCGCGGAGCGGCGCUUUCAGGCCACCUUUGAGCGAGCCAUCAGAGCAUACCAGCAAUUCAGAUCGCCACAAGAGUUCUACCCACCACCACAGCGCAAGGAGACCCCGUCCUCAGUCACACGCGAUUUCUGUGGAGUUUCACGCGCCCCCGCGCGAGUCAAAAAGCAAGCGCUGGCUUUCGUUCCACCCCUUCUCAGGUUUGGCAUUCUGAAAUGCGCACAUCUGUACACUUUUGUCUCACUCUGA